CCUGUGUUUACUUUGCCCAGCUGGCAAGUGGCACAAUGGCCGCCACAAACGUCACUUUCCGAUGGCUCGACAUACUGGAAAAGGAAUUUGACAAGGCUUUCGUUGACCUGGAUCUGUUAAUAGGAGAAGUUGAUCACUAUGACCUCGAGGAAACGGAUUUCUUGGCCCAAGCAAGAUCUCGCCUGGAGUCGCUCUCAUCAUGUUUUGCACAACUCACCCACAAGGCACAAACUGUGUUCCAGGCGAAUGCUAAGCUUGAGGCAGAAUUAGUCCACCUGCGCCAGGAGUGUGCCGAGGGACGCGCAUUCCGUCAGGUUGCAGAAGCAGAAAAUCGAGAACUCUUGAUGAAACUCCACUCAAGUCAGUUGCAACUGCAUUCCACCGGGGGAUCAGCGCACACACAGGAUUCAGAGAAAAUUCGAGAGCGUCUGGAAAAGGAACUACAUGUGCAACGGGCCGAGAGUUUAAAAGCACAAGUUGGAAGUCACGAAAUUACGAUACUUAGGAAAGAAAAUGAUUCUCUGCGGCGGUAUAUCCUUGGGUUGCAAGGAGAGCUUUAUGGAGCAAAAUUGGCUGCAAAGUAUCUUGACAAAGAACUUGCCGGAAGGAUUCAGCAGAUUCAGCUCCUAGGCAGAGACCUGCGUGGUGAAGAGCAUGACAAGCUGUGGCGCCAGUUGGAAGCAGAGAUUCAUUUACACCGGCACAAGACUGUUGUUCGGGCUUGUCGCAGCAGAUAUACUCAUGCCCCACAGGCAAUGGGAGAUGCAAGAGAAGAGAACGGGGCUGGUGUUAUGAACGGAAAUGCCAUUGCACAGCCAAGUAAACAGCAACAGCGCAGAGUUGUGGUUCUGGAGAAGCCUCCCCAUGAAGGCCUAGGAAUGUCCAUCACAGGUGGAAGAGAGCAUGGCGUGCCAGUUCUUGUUUCAGUCAUACACCCAGAUACUCCAGCCAGUCGGUCAGGACAGCUGUAUGUCGGAGAUGCAAUCAUCUCUGUUAAUGGUUUAUCAUUAAAGGAGGUCAGCCAUGCAGAUGCAGUGCGACUGCUAUCAUCGCAGGAAGGUACUAUCACCCUUGAGGUUGUUUAUGUGUCUCCAGAAGAGGAAGAUGAUGAUGAUGCUUCAUUAAUUGAUGAUCCCUAUGGCUUUAAGUACAAAAUAUACGAUGAAGAUGUAGUAAGUCUUACCAGUAGUCAGCUGAUGCCAAAUGGGCGACUCUCCAGAGCGUCCAUAGAAAGUGUGCGAGGAUCGACAGACAACUUUCUCCUUGAUUCGCCGAGGAGGGGCGUAGAUGUUGAUGAAGCAAUCAGUGAGGGUGUUGAAGAGAUGGCAGUCAGUAAUGGGGUAUGCUCACACUCAUCCAGCAAUGGCAUACAAGAUCUGACUAUCAGCAGUGGCACAGGAAGUCUGAUGACCAGUAACGGCACAGGUGACUUGACGGCCAGCAAUGGCGUAGAAGCCUUGGCUGUGAGCAAUGGCAGAGGAAGCUUAACAAACAGUGGGGUGCUCAUGGACGAAGCAGUUUCACAGGAGAGUCUCAGUGGCAACACGGGACAUCUAGAAUUCCAUAGUGAUGUUACAGUAAGUGAUGAUGAUGGAACAGAAACAAAUAAAGAGAAAAAACAAUCCUCUUCGUUAGCAGAGUCGACAUCAUCUGAAAAUAUGCCGUCAGCUCCAGAAACACAAAAGAGACCAGCUGCACAAAAGUUAGACAACUUGCAAUUAUCAGAAAAAUCCUGUGACUUAGAGCCCCUGGACACUGGGAACAGCCCCUCCCCCAAAGAAACACAAGAGUCCGUCACCGAGUCCUCCCUAAGCUCGCCAUCUAUGGAUGAGAGUAUGGAAGACCCUCAGAACAGCUGCACCCCACUAGAAGACAUCGAACGAAAGCUCAACACAGAUUUUCCUUUAGCAGAGGAAAAGAGCAAAGAGGCAGGCGUUUCUCCAGUAAUAGCUAACCCAGAGAUCCUACCUGUUGUGUUUAAUGGCAGUUACUAGGAGUUCUGUGAUAAUUGUGAGCUGAUGCAGGUAGCUUUACAGUUAGCUCCCUCCACACACACACACACCUGUUGCUGCUCCCUUGCGACUGGGUUCCCUGCGUAAGGUAUUCUUUUUCUUUUUUUUAUUCCUUAUUUAUUUGUUGAUUUUUUUUAUGAUAAGAUGAGGUGAGAUGAUGAUGUUUGUACGAUUUAGAAUAUUUUUGUUAUAGGUUUAUAGGUUUUUAUUAUAGUUUUGUUUGUUUGAGUUGUUGAUCCAAAGGUUACAUCUUUUAUUUUAUCUCCCAGAUUUAAAGAAGCAUUUUCAUAAUAGGCCUAUAUGCAUUUUCCAAAGGCAAAUACUGUUAAAUAUUUAAUUUUGUUGUAUCUAAGUUAUUAUUUUAUCUUGCCUCUCUUUACUUUUGGCCAUUAGCCCUUUGUCCCUGUGUAUUAUUAAUUUUGCCUUUUUUUCAUAAAUAUAUAGGCUUGCAUUUAUAAUUUUGAUGAGUAGGAGAGCACAAUUAUGUUAAGUUAUAAGAAAAAUAAUGGCAUUCAUUUUGUACAAGUGUUCCUGAACUAUUCUGAAGUAAAAUUUGAAUUAUUGUCUUCCUGUUGUAAAAUAGUUUCCCAUGAGCUUGGACGUGAAACCAGAUACUGAAAAUAAAAAAGUGAAUGAUCGAAAAGGGAAGCAUGGGAAAUAGAUGCCAAGUAUGGAGUGGUUUAUUGGCAUUGGGUAAUGGACUUACGAAUAAUGCUUUUGAAAAUUGCAUUGAAUUGAGGGUGAAUAUUGUAGGGAAAGGGUUGUAGGUAAAUGAUCUAAAUUUGAUGUUGCUUUGCUUAUAAAUUUUAUCUUGUUAAUGGCUUUUUGAGAGUCUCCUUACCCCACCUGUAAUGAAGUGAAAAAAAUUGUUUGUGAAAACCAAUAAUUUUUAAACUUUUAUGUUAUAUAUAGGCACAUAAUUAAAGUUUAUAUCUGUUCAUUACAUAUUUAUUAUUUAAAUUAAUUUAAUUCUUGUUCAGCAUAAAUUUAUUCUCAUUUUCAAAAUUUCUUCCUAAUACUGUUCACAUAUAACCAAAAUCCCAACUCUACAAACUUUUUCUUGAAUUCUAGGUUUGUUACAGAGAAUGUCAAGUCAGUCUUAUCCUUGUAAAUCUGUCUGUUAUUUUUGUCGUUAUUUGAUGAAAUGUUCUCAUUGUCUUUAUGUAAUAUUUAUGGCAAUGAGGUUCUUCUUCGUCUAAGCUUGCUAGAAAAAUGUAUUUUAUGUCUGCGAUCACACAAACAUUCCUCAAGAUGUUCACGAAGGCUAUAGUAGCUUUCAGGUAUUUUGAAGGCAAAGACGUUGGAAAAUGUUGUAUGAGUACGAGUGUGCAUUUGUUGUAGUUGUAUCUGUUUGUGUUGUUACUUGUAUUACUCGGUUUUUCUUACACCAACACAUUCACAGUCACAUCCACAGUCACAUUCAUGCAUGUCAAGCAAGACCGUUUUUUUUUCUUUCUCUUUUUUCUUUAUAACUUGGUUUGAUUUUUGCUUAUUUGAAAUAUUGAUCAAGAUGUUUGGUUUGGUCAGUAGAAGAUGACCAUUUUUUUAAAAUGAUUUGUGGAUGUGUUAGGAGUGAAGCAUUUUUUUAUUUUGCAUUUUGAAAGAUAAAUAGAAGAUUUGUGGAGCAGCAAUAGUUUACUUGAAUUUAUGAUCUUGAAAUGAAUAUCAGUACAAUUUGAAAAGAACCAGAAUAGCAUAUUACUAGGGUUAAUGUUGCAUUUAUCUGUACAAAUAUUUAUUCUUGUUUUUGGGGGGUAUUCUUGAGAAUGAUAGAAAUAUAUCUAGGAUACAUUGUUUUGUAAAUACAAGUUGGAGCAGUUGUAGCUGUUGUAGUGAGCCUUAUAAAUAAAUCAUGUAAAAUUAUUGGUGAAUAAUAAUAAUUGAUCAUUUUACAAUCAGAAUGUUUGAAGUUUGAAGAAUAUGAGUUUCAGAUAAACAACUUGAGUUCCUGAAAUAAGUAUUGCAGCUCUUUAAAGAACAGAAGUGGAUUGUGUGUCUUGUCAUGUCGUAAACCUGAAUGCUGUCAAAAGUGUUCUGCAUUCAUAUGCUUAUCCUAUGCCUUGCAAGAAAAGUGGCUUGCGUAUUAAUUUCUGAAUUUUUAAGUCUUUUACUUUGUUUAUUAUUAUUAUCAUUAUUAUUUUGGUUAUUAUUAUAAUUUUUUAUCAUUAUUUAUUAUUAUUAUUAUUACUAUUAUUGUUAUUAUUAUUACAACUAUUAUUAUUAUUGUUGCUAUUAUUAUUAUGUUAUUAUUACUAUUGUAAUAUCCUAGGACAGAAAAUGUAUAUAUUUAUGAAUUGCUGAAGGACUUCCAGAGAAAGGAGGAGCAAAGUUUUUUUCCUGCGACUGAAUGACCAAAAAUUAUUUGUUAUUUAUAAAAAAAAUUAAUGGCUGCUGUACUUGUUUCAUAGUAUAUAGUUUUGGGAAUGAGUUAAGGUGUAUUCAAGUUGGGGAAAAAAUGGUUGAGUUACAUAUCUACCAGUUUUGGUUACCUGUUGAUAUUAAUUCUUGUAAACUCUCUUCUCACACAAUGCUAUGAAAAGUGGACUAUGUAUAAAGCCCAAAUCAAAGAGCAUUGUAGUGACUGCAAGCAUCUUUCACCUGAUCAUUUCACUGUAUCUAAGCUUGUAUUACAUAUUUAUUAUAUAGUAAUAGAUUGUACAGUAUUUCCCUCUUCAAAUUCAUGUUUAUACAUUGCAGGAUAUGUUGAAAAUACAAGAAUAAAGCAUUAAGUUGUUUACUUUUUCCAAGAUGCAUUUGGAAUUUCUGUUGUUUUAUGGUUUGAUUUUGUGUAAAUUAUAUUUAUUUAAUUAGUGGAUCUGAUUGGAGUAAUCCAGAAUAUUAUUAAAGGCCAUAAAUUGAAUUUGAAAGUGUAUGGUAAAAUUUAUAAUGUACUACAUACUAGUAUUAAAUUUUAAUUUUAUCAUUUAUUAUGUAGACCAAAGAAGUGUUAAUUGCCUUAAAAAUAAACUUUAUAGAGCA